ACAAAGCUUUGCUGUUUUUUUCUCAUCACGUAGCAAUGUCGAGCAGUCGGCGGCUUUUCAUCUUGACGGCUCUCGUCAUCAUUCUGAUCUCUGCUACGGCGAUCAAUGCUCAAAACAACAACAACGACGACGGCAAUGACGACGCCAACGACAACGACAACAACAACAACAAUGGCAACGGCAACGGCAAUGGAAAUGGAAACGGCAACAGUAACAAUAACAACAGUAAUAAUAGUGGAGAGGAUGCCGCAGCCACGACAAAUUAUAGGGUGUUAACUCCGGUGCCUGGGACAGGGCAAGAGCAGGUGUAUUGCCAAGCGGCAGGGGCGUGUUACCACCACACCCUCACAUGCCCCAAGCAGUGCCCCCAGAGGAAGCCGAAGCGCAACAAGAAGGUGAAGGGUUGCUUCGUGGACUGCAGCAGCAAGUGCGAAGCCACUUGCAAGUAUAGGAAAGCCUCAUGCACCGGAUACGGCUCUCUGUGCUACGACCCUCGGUUUGUGGGUGGAGAUGGCGUGAUGUUCUACUUCCAUGGAGCCAAGGGAGGUAACUUUGCGAUCGUCUCGGAUGACAACCUCCACAUCAAUGCCCACUUCAUCGGUACACGGCCCCAAGGCAGGACCCGUGACUUCACUUGGGUCCAGGCACUGUCCAUCAUGUUCGAGACCCACACCCUUGUGAUCGCUGCAAAGCGGGUCAAGCACUGGGAUGACAGCCUCGAUGCUCUCAUCGUCCGAUGGGAUGGGGAGGCAGUUCAUGUCCCGACGGAUGGAGAAGCCGAGUGGAGAGUGAAAACUGAGGAGAGAACCGUGGUGUUGGAGAGGACCGACGAUCUCAACACUAUUAGGGCGACAGUCUCGGGGCUCGUGGUGAUGGACAUAAACGUGAGGCCGAUCGGGGAAGAGGAGAACCGGGUGCACAACUACCAGUUACCGCGAGACGAUGCUUUUGCUCACUUGGAGAUACAGUUCAGGUUCAUGAACUUAAGCGAUCUCGUGGAGGGAGUUCUAGGGAAGACCUAUAGGCCAGGAUACAUUAGCCCAGUGAAGAUCGGAGUACCGAUGCCGAUGAUGGGUGGAGAGGACAAGUAUGAGACACCGUCCUUGCACUCGCCGCUCUGCAAAGUCUGCAGGUUCCAGAGGCCAACUUCGGAGCAUCCUAAGAUUACUGGAGGAGUUGCCCAGUACUAAUCAUACUUCUUGUCUUGGAUCCUCUGGUUUCUAUGUGUUAAUAACACAUAAGUCGUUGUUUUCUUAAUGAUGACGUUCACAAAUAAGGGCUAAGUAUGCCCACGAUGUUAAUUCUUGAAAUUUCAGAUAAAUAAAGUUGA